AUGCCUCCAGCUCCCUCUGCUUUUCAAGCACGCAAAACUGGUUUUAGUCCAUAUCCAAAUCCAAACCCAAAUCCAGGCAACAAUGAGAUUGGUUCUUACACAGGAGGCAAGUAUUUUGUUCUACUUUCCUCUUCUUCCUGCUUAACUUUUGGUCUUCAUUUUUUUUACCUUCCAGCUGGAUCGUUUGGUCAUUCAGGUGAUGGGGAUGGUAAAUCUGAUGACCAUGUUUCAGACUUAAACGAUCAAAAUUCUGCUAGUGGACUAUUCAAAGACCCUAACAAUUCCACCGACACAUCUCUUUCCGGUGCACCUGAAACUAUGUCACCUUUUGAGAGUAUAAUGGAUACUCUACCGGUCAAUGUUCGCAAUAUGGUGACCAGGAUUGUUGAGGGUACUGACGAUUCAGAAUGCUUUGCUGUGAAUGUUGCAAUGAUGGCUCGGCUAGAACAUCUGUUUAUGAUUCAUACGGAAGUACAAGCAGAAAACUCCAAUGCCAGCUGGGCUCCUGUAGAUUGUUUCAAGAAUUACAGUCGUAAUUUGUGUGCUCAAUUUUUCAUUGACCCCACCUUAGAGGCAUUUACUACUCUCCUUACGGAUGGCCCCAAUGGUCAAAAUAAUUGCCUUGAGCGCCGAGUAUUGUCUGAUCUUCUCAGCAAAAACGCCGAGGGUAUACGAGAUGUUCUUCCUAAAAACUAUGCUGGCGAGGAUGGCUCAAAGGGGGGUGCUGCCGUAUCAGUUGCUCUGAAAGAGAUUGAACGAAAUGGACGGAGUACAUUUAGAAAACAAAUUUACAUCAGUUGGAUUCCCAAUAAGCUCCUCCACAACGUGUUGCCUAUCAAAGCAGUGGCACCGAGUGUUCCUCCUUUCAACCUCAAGGAUUUCUGUGGCUAUUUGAUACACAAAACCUACCCUAGCAAGAAACACAUCAGUGCUGAUGCCCUUUUCAACAACUUAAAGCCUGGACAUGUCAUUCGAAUUGCCUUUCUGCGCUUGGCUUCUGUUUGCAUCUACGCACAUCCCGGUCAGGAUCGCAAAAUUUGCCAAUGGCAAAUAAUUGAUCAGAAGCUUGAUGAUAUCAAAGAGCAACAUUCAGCUGAAUUUGCAGAAGCUUUUGGCCGACUGGUUUUGAUAAAAGAUCAUAAGAUCUUUGAUGGUGUGCGCUUGUAUACCGAAAUACAAAAAUCUUACUCGGACGACCUUGUUUUACCAAACGAUGCGGAGGUGCGUGUGGAAGUCGCUACCCCAUCUGAAGUCCCUCAAUUCCAUCAGAGUUUAGCAUGA